UCUGCGCUGCCAGAAAUGCUCGAAGCCUUUUAUAGCAUUUGAUAUAGGUUCUCAAGGCGUCCCUCCUGGACCCAAAUGGAGUCAGCCUGCAUUUCAGGAUGUGCCCCUUAAAUCUAAUCGCAACCAGUCUUUUGUGCAGAAAGAACUUCCUAACCAAGGAACCUCGAAAAUGACUGCAGGAAGUGCUGGGUUUCCACCUACCCGAACUGGACCCCAACAGGGUCCAGAGAUAUGCAGAGGAAAGACUGCUCCAGUGUUUGAGGAUAUGAGAACCAAACGAAAGGAUGAAAAGCGAACAGGUGGUAUGAGAGAAGGAGCUGCAAUGCCAAAGGUGGAUCGCAAAAGCAGGAAAAGGGGUCGGAAGCAGACAGUUGAAUCGAGUGAAAGCUCUGAUACUUCAACCAGUGUCGAGACAGAAGAUGUGGAGUUUGAAAAUGGAAACAAUCCACCUGCUGGACAAGGAACUGGACUUGAUGCCUAUGGCUCUAGGAGAUCAUCUCGGCGUCGGCAGAAUGUUUCAUACAAUGAAGGUGUAAGUGAUGAUGAGAAUGAUUUGGCAAGCCCUCUGAAGAAGGCGCGGUCUAACCAGUCAGCUGGAGAUAGUAAACCUCUGCAGAAAGAAGCUGUUGGUGGUGAUAAUCAAAGACAUGCAUGUGCAACUAGGCCGUGCAGUAAUUCUGUGGAAAGAUUAAAUCAAAAUGGAGUGGGCUGUCCUGAAAGGGAUGUGCAAACCAACAAUUUUAAAAUUGCGACAGUUAAUGGACAGGCUUCCGGACCGCCAUCAGGUGGUGCCAAAAAUAUUGAACUUCUUGUUGAUUCUGAUUCCGAACCAGAUACCAUUUCUGAUAGUAAUCCUGCACAGGUGUAUGAUUAUCCUGAUCCUGAAUUCAGUGAUUUUGACAAGCAUAAAGCAGAAAAUCGCUUUGCUAUUGACCAAAUCUGGGCUUGCUAUGAUACGGAUGAUGGUAUGCCAAGAUUCUAUGCCCACAUUAGGAAGGUAUCCAGUCCUGAAUUUAAUGUGAUUUUCAGUUGGCUCGAGGCUCAUCCAGAAGAUCAAGGAGGCAGAGCUUGGGUCAGGGCAGAGUUGCCUGUUGGCUGUGGGAAAUUUAAACGUGGGUGUACUGAUUCCACUUCUGAUCGACUUACAUUUUCUCAUCAAGUUCCGUGCGAAAUGGGCAAGAGAGGUUUGUACGUUGUAUAUCCUAGGAAAGGGGAAACGUGGGCCCUUUUCAAGGAUUGGGAUAUUUGUUGGACCUCCGAUCCAAAGAACCAUAGGAAGUACAAGUAUGAAAUUGUGGAGAUUCUUUCUGAUUAUGUUGGGGAUGUUGGUGUCCAAGUUGGUUACUUAGAUAAAGUGACUGGUUUUGUUAGCCUUUUCCAGCGAACAAGGAUUACUGUGUCUGCUACAUUCUUUGUAAAGCCAAAUGAACUUUACAAGUUCUCUCAUCGAGUUCCCUCUUUCAAAAUGACUGGAACUGAACGAGAGGGUGUACCAGCGGGAUCGUUUGAACUUGAUCCUGCUUCCCUACCCCUUGAUCCAGAUGAUAUUUGGUACCCUGGGAAAGUUAAGGAAGAAAGCAGGACUUCAAAUUCUCAACCUAUAGAAGAAGUUUUGUUUGCUGUUCCCCCUGGAACUAGAGACAAAUCCAGGACAUCCGAGAAUGCAACGAUAUCUCUGAAGUCUGGGGACUUGAAAGGCAUCCAUGCUACUGAUGGUGAGUCUGCUAAGAUUCGAAAAUCUGCUAGAGGAGUGAACAACUCUGAGAAAAAGCAAAAUAAGAUGAGCUCUCUUUCUGCCAAUGACAAUCCUUCCACUGAUUUUGAUGAUAAUUGUGUUAAAAAGAACUGUCACUCAAGUCCCAGCAUACCAAGUCAUUUGUCAUGUCAAGCUGAUGAAGUGUUGCAUUCACCCACAAAGAGCUUUGGUCUCGGCAACUCCUCUGGAAGCUCCAAAAAUCCAAUAACUUUAUCAGAUGAAAAAGGUUCUGAAGAAGUUUUUUGUGAUUUUAGGAUGGACAGAUCUAUGGGGAAGUUUCAAGUAGAUCAGGUAUGGGCUCUUUAUGGUCAAAAUAGUACAUUGCCAAAGACUUAUGCUCAGAUUAAGAAGAUUGUUCCUUCGCCAUUCAAAUUGCAUGUAGUCCUUCUUGAAUCUAGUGCAGGUCGUAAAAAUGCUCCUCAGACUGUUUGUGGAACAUUCAAAGUCCAGAAUGAAAAAUGUCAAGUCGUUGAGCCUAGUACCUUCUCACACGUGGUGAAAACAGUCUCUAAUAAUAGGAACAGGUUUGAAAUCUAUCCAAGAGAAGGAGAGAUUUGGGCACUCUACAAGAACUGGAAAAAAUCAGGUUUGGAUCCAGACAAGUUUGAGUAUGAGAUAGUGGAGGUCAUCGAGAAUUCAAAAGACCGGAUAAAAGUUUCAUCCAUGGUGCGUGUGAAUGGUUUCAAGUCAGUCUUCAGGUCUCUAAGAAAACAAAGAUUGAAUCCUGCUAUUCUAGAAAUAAAAAAAGAUGAGUUCGGGAGAUUCUCUCAUCAGAUCCCUGCAUUUCAGCUGACUGGGGAAAAAGGAGGGGUUUUAAUAGGCUGCUGGGAGCUUGAUCCUGCUUCAGUGCCAUGUUCCCUAUAAAGUGUUGCACCAAUUAUAGUGUGAUGAGACUCAAAUGUGAAUUGGUUCUCCUGGAUCUUGGCAGUGAAAUCUUCCUCUCUGUUGCUCCAUAUCAUCAGUUUAUUGCUCGAUGGUUGCAUGACCUGUAGACAUGACAGAUUCUUCAGUCUUUUGCUUUACUUCGCUAGAAUUCAUUGUUAAGUGUAAAUCUUAAGAUUGUUCGCUACAUUUAAUAGGAUAGUUGACAUUUUGCUUGAAUCAACUUUUAAUUGCUGUAUGUUUGCAACAGCAGCUAUUAAUAUAAAUUGGUCCUUUGCUCUAA